CCGUUUGAUAAUUCAUCAAUAUGAUUGGUUCGUGGUUGAUUGUGGGUGGGUAGAAUAUUCCAGAAGUCGUGUUUACGGAUAGCUAAAUGGGAGACACCCAUAUUUUUUGCUGCGUACGGUGUGUUGUUAGCUUACGUUAGGUGGUUUUGGAAGUGCGCACGGUUAAUAGCUAACUUACAUGCAAGCUCAGUACGGGCUGCGGCACUUUGGAUGUUCCAUGUUAAAUCUUGGUGGCUAACUAUAUGGGUUGUAGCUUUACGGUGUACAGUACUAGCAAAUGCUGACAAAGUUACGCAGAAACGUAGCAUUAGCAUUCCAUAGGUAACGUUACUUUACCUAGCCAGGACAGCAAGCCGAGUUAUCAGGGGUUCUUAUGCCAUAGGCCUACCUAAUUUCUUCUUAUUAGCCACACGUUUCAAGUGUUACGUUAGUGAACAGGAAGGUAAAUAGUUGUCUAGUUAAUCACGUAACGUUAUUCUCUCCAGUUACAUUUGGCUAGCAAUUUCUUACCUAGUUGGUUAGCAUCCGACAUUAAGAUGGAAGACAACGGUAUAUCAGUCAUAAGCAAUCCAACAGUGGCAGUUCGUUUGACUAGCACUCUUUCUGAGUUUGAAUCAAAUCGACGAUUCAAUCGGGGAAUCACCAUUGCAGAAUUUAAGUGUAAGUUGGAGAUGGUGGUAGGCAUUCCAUCAUCAUGUAUGGAACUGCAGCUGUUCAGCACCCAAGACAAGUUCCUGCUGAAACUCGAGGACAGUGAUGCUCUCUUAGGCUCGUACCCUGUGGAUGAUGAUUGCAGGAUACAUGUGAUUGACCGCAGUGGAGGUCAGAACGAGUUCAGCGAUCUGUCAAAGGUUGAGAAGUUCGAGCUGCCAGAAGACGCCUAUGAGAAGAGAAAUGACUCGGCACGCUCCUUCUUAAAGAAGAAGAAGCUUGGCCGGUUUAAUGAAGAGGGUCAAGCGAAACAGGAAGAACUGAAGGCGGCAGCAGAGGAGAAGGAGAAAGCUGCAUGUGCCAACAUCACCACCGGUAGUAGAUGCCAAGUCAAAGUUGUCGGGCAGCCUACUAAGGUCGGCACUGUGAUGUAUGUAGGAACGGCAGACUUCAAACCAGGCUCCUGGGUUGGAGUCAAGUAUGAUGAGCCACUUGGAAAGCAUGAUGGCAGUGUGAAUGGGAAACGGUAUUUUGAAUGUGAGCCGAAGUAUGGUGCCUUUGUGAAGCCCACAUCAGUGACUGUUGGAGAUUUCCCAGAAGAAGACUAUUUGGAUGAGAUGUAGGUCAAGAAUGAUCACAUAUCCAAACCAUCUGGCAGAGGAGUUGUUUGCUUGGAGGGAUGGACUUUGUUGACAGGAGUUUUGUAUUGCGGCUGAGAGCGCUUUAUAUGUAACUGUCAUUGUAAGUGAUUUUGUUUUCCUUUGUUUUGCUGGUCAAGAGCUACCCUUGUUAUAACAGAAAUAAAUCUCAAUGCUUUUGGAAUAAGAUGAGGUCUGACCCUGUGACAAGUGCACAUUUCUUUAGAAACCUAAAGUAAGUAAGGUAGAGGUGUGGCCUUUUCUGAUUAUCUAAAAUAAGUCAGUGUAAGUCUGUGUUCACAAUUAAUAAUAAUUACACCUAAUAAAGCCCUUGUGUUAUUUUUCAUAAUCUGUUCUGAGCGUAAAUUGCUGAGAGGGUAUCAGCAGAAAUGAUUUUGCAGUUCUAUUAAUCCAUGUUUGAUUUCCUGGAAGAGCGGACAGAAUGGGUAGAAACAUUUUGGGCACCCUGAAAAUGCUCAUCCACUACAGCAAAAUUGUGCUUCUUUGCAUGUUCCUCUAGGUCCCUUCCUAUAUGUUGUGUAUACUGUAUAUAUGUAUACGGAGUAAGCUCUAAGGCAACCUCAAAGUAACAUAAGACUUCAAGCAUGAACUUUAUGUGGAACAAAGACGUAACAUUAGCUAUGUUUUUGUGUGCUUGUUUAGACUGUAAACAGUAAGUGUUCCACAGAACUACAGCCCUGCUGUUAGAGUGGAACAGAACUAGUUGAUCUGUUUUUACCUUCUAAUUGUGUUACAAGGAUUACACUUUCCGCACACUGAUUCAAUCUUCUGAAACAUGCAAGAAUUGUAAUCAGAUUUGCUCAAAAUUUUGUUCAGGGAUACAAUUUGUCAAUAUCAACGUGAGCAUGAUGGCUAGCCUUUGUGAGGCUCAUCACAUGAUUUCUAAGAAUUGCACCACUAAAUUUUGUUCCCAAAUACCAUCCCCUCCCGAAACCAGUUAGCUUCUUGUUCUGCCCCAUCUGCAGUCCAGACAGACAGGUCUCUGAUAUAUGAUAAAGACCUUGGCUUACUGUAGAGUUGGCUCGGCCCCAUUAUUCAUUAACUUUUCAUGAAUGUGCACUAACUAUCCAAUGAACAUAAUCAUGACGCUGCUCUACGGCAGUCAGAUUGAUGAGCUUCUUUAUGCAUCCCAUUUAGCACUAUCUUCUCACUGAAUGUGUUGUUGAAUGACUCGUGCUCUGAUUUUGGUGAUACAUGACAUUGAUUUUUUUUAUUGAAAAUAUAUUUACAUCAACUUGCACUGGGUCUUUUUUGUACAUGAUUUGCCAAUGUAAGUUAAUGGUGUUUUGAGCUCAUUUGUCUACAUAAUCAUCUGCCUCAACCCUGUUAAUAUCUUAUUUUCUUGUUAAUUGCAAUUAAAACAUUGAACAUGCA